AAGGUUUAGUGGAUUUCAUGACACGGAGGUUGUCUCACGCGCGCACACCCGCUUCCCUCCUCCGUGUCGUGACGUCACGAGCGACUCAGCCGCGGCGGCAGUCCGGUGAGUGAACCCGCUCGGCGCGUCUCCGCUCUGCCGCACUUCACCGCCGAACACCGCACCGACUGCGGGCUGCAUGUGCGCUUAAAGGACACAUCUUCCACUCCAUCUCUUUUCCCCUUCUCCUCUCUUUUGGAUGUCAUUACGAUGGGACUACUUGAUGCUCUUAGAGAUUUCAGUUUGCUGACAUGGCUGAGGGAAGAGAGGCAGUCCAGGAGGUUGAUUCUGUUCAUCGUUUUUAUUGCUUUGCUACUGGAUAACAUGCUGUUGACGGUGGUGGUACCCAUCAUCCCCAGCUACCUGUACACUGUGGAUGAUGAAGCUUCCACUGCAGUCAGGAACCACUCAGCAUCUUCUCAAUCUCCAUCCGGAACCUUCCAGACCAUCGUCUCGCUUUAUGAUAACUCUACUCGCCUGACCAAUCUCAUCCCACAGGUCAGCACCCCAGGCGUGACCUUGCCCCCGACCCCGACCCCCUUGACCAAUGUUUCGGACUGCCCCAAAGCAGACAAUCAGCUCCUGAACGAGAACGUAAAAGUGGGGCUCCUGUUUGCCUCAAAGGCCACCGUGCAGCUCAUCACCAACCCGAUUAUAGGACCUCUCACCAACAAAAUUGGCUACCAGAUCCCCAUGUUCGCCGGGUUCUGCAUCAUGUUCCUCUCAACAAUCAUGUUUGCCUUCUCGUCGAGCUACCUGCUGUUGUUCCUGGCCAGGUCCAUGCAGGGAGUUGGCUCUUCUUGUUCCUCUGUGGCAGGUAUGGGAAUGCUGGCAAGUGUGUAUACAAAUGAUGAGGAGAGAGGAAAUGCAAUCGGCAUAGCACUGGGAGGACUUGCUAUGGGAGUACUUGUUGGCCCACCAUUUGGCAGUGUAAUGUAUGAGUUUGUGGGAAAGACAGCUCCUUUCCUGGUCCUGGCGGUUCUCGCCGUCUUGGAUGGAGCUCUGCAGCUGUUUGUGCUUCAGCCUUCUAAAGUUGAACCAGAGAGUCAGAAGGGUACGUCGCUCAUGACCCUCAUGAGAGAUCCUUAUAUCCUGAUUGCAGCAGGGUCUAUUUGUUUCGCUAACAUGGCCAUUGCAAUGCUGGAGCCUGCCCUGCCAAUCUGGAUGAUGGAAACUAUGUGUGCCAGAAAAUGGCAGCUAGGUGUCGCCUUUUUGCCAGCCAGCAUCUCUUACCUGAUCGGGACGAAUAUCUUCGCUGUUCUGGCUAACAAAAUGGGGAGAUGGCUGUGCUCUUUGAUAGGAAUGCUGCUGGUUGGGGUCAGCAUUAUCUGUGUGCCUUUUGCGAAAGACAUCUACGGACUCAUCCUGCCGAACUUCGGCGUCGGUUUUGCGAUUGGCAUGGUGGACUCCUCUAUGAUGCCAAUCAUGGGCUACUUGGUGGAUCUGAGACACGUCUCUGUAUACGGGAGCGUGUACGCCAUCGCUGAUGUGGCCUUUUGCAUGGGCUUUGCAUUCGGCCCAUCCGCUGGUGGCGCUAUCGCACGCAGUAUCGGCUUCCCAUGGCUCAUGACCAUCAUCGGCGUGGUGGACAUCCUGUUCGCUCCACUUUGCUUCUUCCUCCGAAACCCUCCAGCAAACGAGGAGAAAAUGGCCAUCCUGAUGGAUGUCAGUUGUUCAAUGAGGACGCGUUCGUACUCCACCCACGGCUCCAGCUAUCAGAUGGGAGACGACAUGGACUUGGACAGUCCAGAGUAGACGCCUUUACUCUCUCUCAGACCUAAACCUUUGACCCCAUGACCCUUAGCCGUGUAUGUGCCCUUCUAGAGUUUAUUUUGCUGUAUUUAAAAAAUAAGAAUAGGGACUGUAACAAAUCCCACUGGUUCCACGCUGGAAGUGAGAGAGACAGGCAAAAGUUCACCAAGCAGAGCUUUAUUUAUUUACUUCCCUCACCCACAGUCUCGCAGUUCGGAACGCCUUUGCAGCUUGACGUCUGCCGGCGCCCACUCCGCCCGCCGUCUUCUUCCGCCACUCACCCGUCUCACUCGCGGAUUGGCACGCUUUCACUUUCUAGCGCCCGCCCGAGUUUUCCUCGCGAACUGGCAAGCCUUUCCCUGGCGUCCGCCCAAGUGCACUCGCUGGCUUCCACGUCUUUCACCUGCGCCCGCCUGCGCUCAGUCACUGUCCAGCGAACCUUCUGCUCUUCUCUGCUUGGUGGCUCUUACUCAAAGGCUGGUGCCUCGCUCCUCUUUUCUGCCGUCGCUGGACUGAAAUGGGGCGCACUGGUUAGUCUCUUCAGCUGCAGCACUGGUUAGUCUCAUCAGCUGCAUGUCAGUAAAGCAAGAGAGGGGAAAUAAAAGAGGGAGAGAAGCUGCCUGUCCCUGCGUACACCACCACCUGGACUUCCCUGGAGAGGCGUGGCAGAUGGUGGAGUGCCCGUUUUCGCCUGUCCCAUCUCGCCGAACAGGUCGCAGGUGGCGGCCGCAGUGUCUGUCUCCCUGGCCUUAUACCCCUCUUCCAGCACGGGUUUCUGCACCACUGUAACAUAUUACACUGGUUCCGCACUGAAGUUAGAGAGACAGGCAAAAGUUCACCAAGCAGAGCUUUUUAUUUACUUUUGUUUUCACUCCGGCUCUUUCCUAUUAGUACUCACGCCGGGAGUCACCCACAGUCUCACGUUUCGGGACGCCGGCACCCACUCGCGAAUCGGCAUGUUUUCACUUUCUAUCGAGUUUUUCUUGUUAUCAACCUCCGGCGUCAGUCUCACUCCCAAAUUGGCAAGCUUUUAUUUUCUAGUUUUUCUCGUGGGCCUUUCCCUGCCUUCCACCCGAGUGCUUAGUCUCCAUUCGGCGACCCUUCCACUUUUCUCUGCUUGGUGGCUCUCUCCCUAAGUCUGGUGUCUUGCUUUAUUGGGGUCACCGGACUGAAACAGAGCGCACUUAUUAGUCUCAUCAGUUGCAGGUGUUUCUUACCGCUUGUUCCGCCCGGCUCCUCCCACCACUCACUCACUGCUGGCACAGGGACUUUUACCAGAACCAUGUGGCUGAGUUUUGGAGGAUAACCUCCCUAAACACUUAACAUUGUUCGUUCUGCUGAAACCAAAGCCAUUUGUUGUCAUUGUCCUUUAAAAUUCGGGUGAAAGUGGCACGUCGAUGCACCCAAAAGCCUUAGCUACAAGCUCAGUGGGGCCAUUCAUUUGGAAACAGGGUCUUUAAAGCCACCAGCACGGAUGAAAGAAAUGGAAUAAAAAGAUGCUUAAAGAAUGUUUUUAAAGAACAACAUAAAUCAAAGAUUUCCAUAUUGUCGUGAAGAAAGUUUACUUAAAUUAUUAAAAAUCAUCGUACUGCUGCUGCAGUGUGUAGUUGUUGGUAGACCAAAAACUUUCUAUAUAUUAUGUUAUGGUAUAUUAUUAUACAACAUGUUAUAAGGUUAUUAUUUUAGGAUUUUUAUUCUCCCACCCGCAAUUCAUUAAAUUCUCAUAUAACCACUAAACGUCACUAAAUCUUCUUUAGCCAUUAGAGUUUUGUGAUCUUGUACAAUUAUAUUGUAUUAUAUCGGAUUAGAAUGAUAUUUAUUUAACAGUUUAAUUAUAUUUUUCGGGUUUACAAAGAUGACUCAUUGAAAACAGGCCACACUGUACGUAGACAUUUUGCCUUUUCUUAUAAUUUUACAAUUUUAUCCAUCAUUCGAGGUUAUUUGGUUGUAAAAUCCCUGAUUGUGGCUUUAAAACAUGAAACUGAGGGUCACCUGUGCUCCGUCAGCAGCAUACAAUAUAACCGCUUUAACAAUCAUUCGAAAUUCUACACUAGGAUAGACGUUAAACUAUGUGUUCAUGCUAUGUUGCUGUUGAGGUUUUCUUGUUUUGUUUUUGCAGGAGAGGAUGUUUGAUAAGAAAAUUUUCGGGUGCGGAUAAAAACUAUUCAUAUUUUCACCUUGAAAUGGCCUUACAAAGUUUCCUUUAUAUAACUGGAGGUGACUGUUCUACAAAGACCCCAUGCCAGAUUCAUUACUUUUUUUUAAUACAACAUGCUGAACGUUGAGCAUAAACAUGAGUAAAUUGUGUGAUGAUGUCUGUAGUCAGUCUGAAGUUCAUGUGAAGUUUACAUUCAGUGUUGCCUCCAAGCCGAACUUGCUUGCGCACUGUUCCUGUCAUGUUCCUGUUUAGUUCUGAAGGAACUAUGAUUGAAGACGUCGAUGUUGUAUUAUUUAUUAAUUAUGAUGGCAGAUACAGGGUGGUGCAAGGACAUUUUAGAACUAGGAGUUGGUGGCCCUGGGGCGUCAUUGAUUGUUUGGAACCAGUGAGAUUUUGCUUGGAAGUUCUUGCUAUUAAUUAUAAUGGAGCAGAUGAGCGGUGCAGAAUGAGCGUUCGUUGUAAAGCCUUUCAUAAGAUUGGUGACAGUGCGAGUCCUGCGUAAAGGGAAUUUCGGCGCCAUUACUAGUAAGGACGUCACGAUCGCGUUCCGUUUGCUCAUUUUGAAGAAACAGGUUCGUCCUUAAAAAUGAGGUUCCCAAAUGCUGUUAAACGACCCGCACACCAGAGAAUAUCGAGGCUGUUUGAACUGCCGUCAUAAGGAGUCCUCGCCGCUCCGUUCCACAGCCGCCAUGUUGUAAUCGCAUGAGCAGACGGGACACGAUCAUGACGUCCUAACUGGUAAUGAAGAUUUUAUAGCGAUCGCUCCUUGUGCACCUUUUUAAUGCUUCAAUAUAUCUAAGGUCAAGGGGUUUGAAACGAGCACACACUGGUUUCAAACGAGCCCCUGGAUCGAAAAUCCUAGUUCCAAAAUUUCCCGUUUCUCUGCGCCACACUUCAGAAUCAUUAAAACAAUCAAUUAAUCAAUCGAUUAGUCUGGAAAAUGUCCCAGAAAGAGCACAAUAUAGCUCCUCGUUAGGAAUGAGUUGUAUUUGUACUAUUAUUGUAUCUAAGCGUUUAUUUUUUUGCAAAUUCCGUCAUAAAAAAUACUAAAAAUCUAAACGAAAAACUAAAGUCUAGUGCGCAGGAGAACGUUUCCAUCAUUUUUAGUCCGGUCCAACAAUAAACACACUGCUGUAGAGGAUAUUGUUAUAGUGCCUCAGUUGAAUUAGAUAAUAAUCUGAUUUCUAAAAUGUAUAUAGUAUAUAUCUAUAUUUUAGUAAACACGUAGAAGAAAUAGUAAUGAAAGAUGUCUAUUGUAAGUCCUGCAAUCUUUUUCUUUCUUUUUCUUUAAUAGGCACCUUAUGUUGAGGUUUGUACUCCUAAAAGCCAUAUCACAUAGUUGUUUUAGAUUCUGUUGCUGCUUUAUUACUUCAUGAGUUUCUGAUGGAAGGAUCUGGAUAGCAGGUGGUCUGAAAAGCAGACUCUGUGAUGCGGUUAUACCUUCAAGAGUACGUCUAACAUCUUGUAAUCGGAUCUGUAGUGUUAUGAAGCGUGCAGCGUUAAAGCGGCGUGCGUGCAUGACUGCCAUACACACGGGGCAGUUCGAGCGAAUGGGUAACGCAGUUAAAUUAUACGUUAGAACAACUGGAUUGAUUUCUACAACUCUGAGAUCGUUGUGAAAUGAGGUCGUUGUUUCUACCGCCAGCCUUGUAGUGAAUAUGUAAUCAGUUUUUGCCUAUAAAUGCAAUCUUACUGGCAUAUUGUACAUUGAGCCACACAAAAAAACAAAAAUUCCUUUCAACACAAAUUUAAGAACAAAUGUACGUUUCUGUUUAGAUUCGUCUUCAUUUUUUUGCUCUCGUUCAACAAUAUUAGCAUCUCGAAAUGAACUAAACAGAAUCUGCUACAGGCCACACAGAACCGUCUAAUUAUAAGACGUAUCGGUACAGUGAUCCGAUCCUCUCAGAAGCCUAAAUAUCAAUUAGAGUCUAACUGCUAAAAAGCCAUUAUGACAAUUUCCAAACAGCAUUCUUUAAGACUCCAAGGUAGACUAGGCCAUGUCUCAACUUACCAUAUUUUUAAGUUACGAUGGGGUCACUGUAGCACAUCUCUAUCGUAAGGCAGGGACUACCUGUACUCCAAACACGGGGAAUAUAAAUUAUUUCCUAGGGACAGUAUCGACCAUUUGAUUAAAUCAACAUCGUUAGCUUUUUGGGUGGUUUCAAUUCAAUAAUAAUGCUAUAUUACCAUAUUUGCUCAGUAAUACAUUUGUUGUCACAAUUCCCAAUGCAGUAAGCUACAUAGUGACUUUCAACCCUCGAUCUGUUCCCUCUCUCCUGCGUGACGUUUUAUAGAUUGCAGGUCACACACUGUAUGAAAAAUAGGACGCCUUGUUGAAGCGGUUGCCAGAUUCUCGUGAUUAUAGUAUGCAUAGAAGUUUGUUCUGCUCGCAUACAUGCUACGUUCCUGCAGAACAUCCCUGUCCAACAGACAUUUCAAACUCUGUCAUUUUUUUUCUUGUUCCGAGAUGUGUUGCGUGGUCGAGAUCACGUGCGUACGUGCCAAUGUCAAGUGUGUGCCUUUAUUCAUGUGUUUACUGUACGUAUGUCCGUGUGUGUGUGUGUGUGCAAGUAAAAGUAUCUCCUCAAGGCCAUGAGAGGACAGUUUUGUAUCCUGUAGAAAGGUCCUGUAGUCAGGAUUCGAAAUCAUAAGACUGUAACACUAUCGGUGUGUGUGUGUGUGUGUGUGUAUGUAGUUGUUGGGACUACAGACAAAAAGAAAUAAAAAAAAAAUCACUGUUGAAUAUUGAGUACGCUUUGUGUGAGUGUGUUUGAGUGGACUAUUCUUCUUAGGUGUGAAAAACAUCUUUAUGGGUUCUUGUGCAGCACAUGAGCUAGUGCAUUGUGUGUGUUAGGUUGAACGGAUUUAUCCGUCGCUCUUACUGUUUUUGCUUUGGAGCGUUUCUUAGUUCAGAACUGAAAUUCUCAAAACUUCUUGUUCAACCUCCACACGAUGUGGUCACUUGCUUUAAAUACAAAUUGCGAACGCUUUUCAUUCAUUUAAUUGAUUGGAAACAACUGUCUGCUGUUUCCUACUUUAGCAAGUGUUUGUCAAUUUGAUUAAAAUGUAUUAUACUGGUUAUGGUGUCGAAUCUAAUAUGAACUCGGAUGUUAAGCUAAUUUAUUGCUCAG